CUCGUUUUAGGGCGAGAUGAGAUGAGCUUGGGCGGGGCGGGCGCGCCGGCUGUGAUCUCCAGGUCUGUGUGCUGCUGUAGCGCCGAUCUCUCUGCGCCGCGCCACUCGAUGAUCGCGAAGCUCGGGCAGAGGUUUAAUGCGGCGGGGAUUGGAUCGGCUGCCCCCGUGCUGCUGCGCGACCGGAGCUUAAUGCUGCCGCAUGUUCAUGUGCCGGAUAUCAGCUGGAUUGACUGGAGGGCGCUCAAGGAGCGGGGAUUUGCCGGUGUGGUGUUUGACAAGGAUAAUACGCUCACGGCCCCGUAUGUGGCGACCGUGUGGCCGACGCUGGGCGAGUCCUUGGAAGAAUGUCGGAAGUGCUUUGGGGAGAAUGUGGCACUUCUCAGCAACAGCGCAGGACUGUACCAGUUUGAUCCCGCGGGAGUUGAGGCUGACGCACUAGAGGAGUCACUUGGAAUUUCCGUGAUCAGGCAUGGCUCUAAGAAACCGGCUGGAAAUGCUGAUGCUCUCAAGAAGAGAUUUGGAUGCGAUGCGUCACUUCUCGUUAUGGUAGGUAGGAGAUCGCCACCUUACCGACGUCGUGUAUGGCAACAAGAAUGGACUGCUCACGAUUUCUACAGAGCCUCUCACGCUCAAAGGCGAGCCUUUCAUCGUGACCAGAGUCCGGAGGUUCGAAGAUGCGAUGCUGCGAAGAUGGAAGUCCAGCGGAUUGAAGCCGCCGCCUCACUCGCUGCACACUACGGAGUUUGACUUCAUUAAAGAUCCCGGUUGUUGGUAGAGCUAAUGUAGCAACACCGCUGCUUUCAAGGGUUUGUUAGUGCAACUUGAAGAACAGUUUCUAUCUUCAAGUUGCACUAACAAACCGUGCCACUUGUAGAC